CUGAUCAUUCUCUCACAAUUUUUUGAUUUCUCACAAUUCCAUUUUUCCUAAUUUCUCACAACUCUUUCCAGAUUUCUCACAAUUUCAAUUACUUUGCACGACUGACUGGUCGCCUCAUAUCUUCGUCCCCACUGUCACCGGUGGUAACGACAAGGUUGCCAUGCCAAUUUCGUGGUCCCACCAUGUCAUGGACAGAGCAAGUCCAUGCUGCCAUUUCCAAUUCUUCCAAGUCCAAACCACAGUUUUUUAGUACUGUAACCAUCUUUCAUCUAUAAUAGAGAGACCCUGUUCAUCAUGACGACAAAAUAUCAAGCCGUUUCCAUCGCUCCUCCUCUACAUGUACUACUAGUAAUAUGUUUAUCCCUGUUGUUACCGUUGGCGACGACUUUCUACCGCCGUGGGGGAAGAUUUGCUGCCCUUGACAUACUGCUAGACAAGGCGAUAGGAAGAAAACGAGAUUACUUUCUGGACAGCAAGUACUACCGCAUCAAGGACUAUUAUGGGUUUCAAUGCCUGGAUGUUGGAUCUGGCAAUGGAGACUACUCCAAGUUCCUCAAAGAACAAGGACGUGACGUUUCCUCGGUGGAUGUUUUGGAUCUGUCGCACACUGGCACGGUCACGCUCUUUGACGGCACCAACAUUCCCUUUGGCGACAAUCAGUUUGACACGUCCCUGCUCAUGUUUGUAUUGCAUCACAGCACGGAUCAGAAAGGAUUGCUCAAGGAUGUAAUGCGAGUCACAAGGGACUAUAUUAUCGUGGCAGAAGACCUUAUUGUCAAUCCAUUCGACGCCAUGCUGGGACAGAUUCAUCUCCACAGCUCGCCUUGGGCCCAAGGGGAACAUGAGGAUGCCUUCAAAACACACAGCCAGUGGCAAACCUUCUUUGCAGAGUUGAAACUCCAGGUGGUAGACACUGUCACCAUUUCAAGAUGGACCUAUCCUGUUUAUCCAGUUGUCAGGAAUAUCUACGUGCUCAAAGUUCCUUCAACCUAGAACGACAACCUAAAACCACAAGACAAUCCACGAGCGGGGCUGCAGGCAAUUUUGAGAGCAUGUAUCCACCUCUGAAGUGUAUGUUACUUCGUUAGAAUAGAAUCCUUUUAUCUCUGUGCCGUUUGAGCGUUGAAUGGCGUGGAAAUAUCCAACCCAUUCGACAGUAUCGACAGUUGCCAGAAUUCAUGUUUCAGGUUGUCGUCGUUUCGGUUAUCAGAGAAGCAUUCAUGACUACGCCUCUAGAGAGGUGCCAGAUUCAUUGUACGGUACCCAUUGCGGCUAGAAAGAUUUGUGACCAUUGAUGGUGGGAAACCUGGUUCUGAGUGCCCGGUAGUAAACAGAAAACCACACUUCAACAUGCACGCACCCUCAAUCCGAGUCUUCAAAGGCAGCGUAAUGCUGUCCUUGUUGAUCUCUGAGUGCCAAGGUGGGAGCAGGGAAGAGGACAGAGUGCAGCCCCUCCAGCGACACGAGUUCCGCCGGGUAGCUACAAAAACACAUAACCACACUGACUGCAGUCAUAGCUACUACACUGUAC